UUGUCUUCAUUCACUCACUCUUUCCCUCUCAUUCUUUCUAGCAAAUUCUGAUUCCUGUUCUGCAAUGGCCAACACGGAGGCGGAGCUGAAGCAAAAUUUAAAGGAAUUGAUCGAAAGUAUCGUUGACGGUAAUGAUUACACCGUUCAGACUGCGGACAAUGCUAUCCGUGCUCUUUCUGCGCUCAAAGAUUUGAAGCGCGUUCCGGUCAAUGCUUCUCCCUCAACAAACGUGGAUCAAUCACCCAUUCCUUCACACUUUCGAUGCCCUCUCUCCGGUCACUUGAUGACAGAUCCUGUUAUCUUGAUCGUUGGACAGACUUUUGAUCGUCCAUUAAUCCAGAGAUGGCUGAAUGAUAUCCGCGGAGUUUACCCUCAGAGCCAUGUUGUUCUCAAUCGCAGUAUUCUCGCUCCCAAUACCUUGCUCCUAAGCAUGAUUUCAGAGUGGUGCAAAGACAACGGAAUUGACAUGCCAAAGCCUGUUUCUGAAGUUCACGACGAACAACUAACCGAGGCACUCAUACACCGUUUGCAUUCUCUGCUCUUGAAGCUGUCACUGUCACUCCCUGAGCAGAAAGAAGCUGCAAAGGAGCUUCGUCAGUUAGCAAAAAGAAUGUCCGUUCGAGCACUCUUUGGGACUACACAAAUGAUUAACAUUUUGUUGCGUCCGUUAUCAUCCGAAGCUCCUACGGAUCCUGAACUCCAAGAUGAUUUGGUCGCAGUUAUUCUAAACCUCUCAAUACUCGACUCGAACAAGAGGUUGUUGGCAGAAAACGAAAAUGUCAUUGCCUUUCUCAUUGAUUCGUUGAAAUCCGGAGCAAUUGAAACAAGAAGCAAUGCAGCUGCAGCUCUUUCCUCGAUGUCAUCUCUUGAUUCGAACAAGCACAUAAUUGGAAGAUCUGGAGCUAUAAAGUACUUAGUGGAUUUACUUGAAGAGGGAGACCCAUUAGCCAUGAGAGAGGCUGGAACAGCCUUGUUCAAACUAUGGUUUGUUCGUGAAAAUAUAGCGAGGACCGUUCGAGAAGGGGCAGUGCAGAUUAUGCUUGGGAAGCUCGUCGACCAUAUUCUUGUUGAUGAGUUGUUAACAAUGUUGACACUUCUUGCUACACAUAGUAAAGCAGUUGAAGCGUUGGUGAAUCAUGGCGGUGUCCGUUUCUUGCUUGAUAUCUUGAAGGAGGACACAGCAGAACGCACCAAGGAAAACGCUGCAGUAAUUCUACAACUAAUCUGUUACCAUAAUAGAGAAAAAAGGGAGGAAAUUAAAGAGGAAGAACUGGCCAACGGCACAAUCUCAAAGGUUGUUCAAAACGGCUCCGCCAGGGCUAGAAGGAAAGCUAACUCCAUCCUCAAUCUACUUUGUAUUAAUCCAAAUCCAAGUCCAAAUCCAGAUCCAAACCCAAACCCAAAUCCGUGA